GCAACAAGUGACAACAACAACAACACACCACACAGUUUGAAGGGACAACCAAAAUCUUUCCCAAAAAAGGAAAAAGAAAAGCAGCCAAGAUGAGGUUUCUAGUGCCACUGUUUGUUUUCCUCGCUGUGGCGGCGUUUCACACCGUGCUCUCAGCGUCUCUGGAAUCAGCAGAGAAAGAGGAAAAGGUUGAUCAGCACGAUGGAUUACCUGAGCUGAUAAAGAUAGAUCAGAUGGAGUUCGAGUUCGUUCAGAGGACCAGCGCCGCUCAGGUGAACGCUACGGAGGAACAGAAUGAGGAUUCUCGCUACCUCGAGGCUGCUCAAGAUGGCUCCGUGGAGGAGCACGUUAAAGCCGAGGGCGACAAGGCAGCAGAGGGAGGUGGCAACUCUGACGCUGCAGCUCGUGAGGAAUCAGAGUCUGAGUCCUCUGAGGAAACUGAGGGGAGACAGAGGCGGGAGCACCACGAGGUCGGGACAGAGGCUGUGAAGAGUUUGGAUGAAGUCAGUCAGGAUUCAACCAAGGAACAAGAUGUGCUGGAGUGAGGGCGAGCACAGCAGCAUGCGGAUCCCAGAGCUCAUUCAUCACCCGGCGCCUGAGCAGCACCGAGCUUACCGUCAAUAAAAAGGGAACAAUCCCACUUAUCUGUAUAACCUGUGUGUCUCCUUUUGUGUCAUGUCUGAUAAUGCAGUGGUUAUUUUAUGAUGUGAUCACACAGUAAAACAAGCUCAACUUCAGUGUUUUCCCAUUUUUAUUUUCAUUUUUUUCAUCCACAAACGUGGAGCAGAUUAUGUUGAUGUGCAUAAAAAAAACCUUUUUUCUUUGGUACCUAAGGGAAAAUAAAACAAUUAAGGCAACUACAGCAUCUAUAGGUCUGAAAUGCAUUUAGUACUGCAGCCAAAUGACCACGCGCUGGUGGCAUGCAACGUAUAUCUGCGCUCAUUCAAACCAGACAGCAGAUCAGCUCAACACCAAACCACCCUUUAGAUACCUUCCAGUUUUUAGGUUCCUCUUCCUCCUCCUCAUUUUUUUACGAUAUUCAGAGGGCGGAAGAGGCAGGUGCAAAUUCCACAGAAAAUAAACAUACUGGAAGUAGCUGGUACACGGUGAACUAGAAAAACAAGGCUGAAGCAGGCCUAAAGCAUGUCAUCACCAAUGAUCAGGAAAUCAAGUUUCAACAGGCGACAUAAGGUCUCGUUUGAGCGCACGUCGUUUGUGCUCGUUGACAUUCUGCUGUUCUCAAAGUGAUGUUCAGACAGGUGUUUCUGAUCCCAGAAUGUAAAGUCUCGGGAGAUUUGGAUGAAGAACUGGAGAGCAGAUAACAAUUUGGCCUUUGUCAUUUCUUGCCAAGAAGUUUUCUGACUUCUUAAUACUAAUCAGUGUGUAUUUUUCAUAUCAUUCUGUAGGUGGUCGUCCAGUGUGUGCAGUUAGCUCUACCACUGUAAACUAGAUUACAGUGCUGUUAGUGUGAUGGAAUCAUUUUGUCGAAUGUGGGAGUAAACUUGUUCACCAAACUU